AUGGAUCCAGCGAUGAGGCGUGCAUGGAAGGAGGAGCUUCAACGGUUGGAGAGUACCGUUUCCGGCUCCGAGGUUGACAUCGCCACAUUCGCCGCCUUGACCGACUUUCUUCGGCGCCGUUGCCGCGCCGCCAGCUCUGUCGAAGCCUCGCAGCCCGCACGUCCCUUCAGCGGGAUAGCCUCACGCUCAAACUCCUCAACAUCAGGAAACAAUUACCACGCCCUCGCCACGAGCAACGAUACGCCGUCGUGCCCGGCGUGCCACGAGGGCCAUUAUCCCGGGCGUUGUGCGCAGUUCCAGGGGCUUGAUGUACGAGCACGGAGGGAGCUCGUCUACCAGGCAUGGCUGUGCUUCAACUGCCUUCGACCCGGGCACGCUGUGAAGUACUGCCCCUCCCAGUCGGCUUGCCAAUAUUGCCGAGAGCAGCAUCACAGCUCACUGCACGACGCCGUGCUUCCGACCGCCCUCGUCCAUCUGAGUGGUCCUCCUGGUCGUCGAGUUCCGGCCCGAGCGCUGAUCGAUGCGUGCUCCGAGGUCACCGUCAUCUCUGCGACUCUCGCGCGCCUGGUCGGCGCACGACUAGAAACCAUCGAAGCCAGCAUCUCCGGCGUCGGCGGCGAGUCCGCCGUCCGGUCCAGAGUCCGGGCCCAUCUCCGCCUCGAGCUUCCAGGGCCCGCACCACCGGUCGCGCUGACAGCGCUGUGUUUGCCCAGGCUCGGCCUGGUAUCCCCCUCCACCCCGCUGCACCCGGAGGCAAUCCGGCAGUGGGCUGACUGCGAGGGCCUCGCCGAUCCUUCGUUUGGCACGCCACAACGCGUUGACCUCCUCAUCGGCGCCGACUACUACCACUUGCUGCUACGACCCGGCUACACUCAACGAGGAGAAAUCGUCGGGCAGCGCACAGUCUUCGGCUGGGUAUUGGCAGGCCGUGCCGUCGGGCUCGCUCCAGGUACGUCAGCCGUCUGUGCAGCCGCCCAAUCCGACGUGGCUCCGCCUUGGCACAACGAGCUAACCGCUCUGCUACAGCGGUUCUGGGAGAUGGAGGAUCUUCCUCAGGCUCACCGCCGCUCAGAUGAGGACAUCGAGUGCGAGCGUGCUUUCGCAGACCACCGACGCGCCGCGGACGGACGGUACAUCGUGCGCCUCCCGCUGAAGGGCAGCGGUUCGCUUCUUCUUGGCGACAGUCUUCAGAGCGCCAAGGCCUCCUUGGCAGCCCUGCAACGCCGGCUUCGGCGAAGCCCCGAUAUGGCUGUGGAGUAUAGUCGAUUCAUGGCUGACUAUCUCGCGAUGGGCCACAUGCGCCCGCUCACCAGCGCUGAGCUUGCAGCUACAGCUGGGCCCGUCAACUACAUCCAUCAUCAUGGCAUCUGGCAGCAUGCUGAUCGCGGGCGCAAGCUCCGAGUAGUCUUCAACGCGUCCAACCCGACUUCCAGUGGCCACAGCUUGAAUGACGUCCUCCACGCUGGACCCAGACUCCAAGCCGCGCUCCCAUCGGUGCUCAUGCGCUGGCGGCGGCACCGCAUCGCCUUCUGCAGCGACAUCCGCAUGAUGUUCCGGCAGAUUUGGAUCGACUACCGUGACGUCGACCUGCAGCGGAUCGUCUGGGCUGCCGAUCCCAGCCAGCCUCCAACCCACUACCAGCUGCUCACUGUGACUUACGGCGAAUCGUGCUCGCCUUACCUGUCGCUGCGUACCCUCCAACAGCUAUGCCAGGACGAAGGCCACAACUGGCCCGAAGCUGUGUCAGCCGCCCUGUGUGACCGCUACGCCGACGACUUUCUCUCCGGGGCCGACGACGUCACCGCGGCUCGGCGCCUCCGCGACCAGCUGAGCGGGCUCAUGAAGGCCGGCGGCUUUCCCCUGCGGAAGUGGGUGGCCAAUGUCCGCGAGCUGCUCGACGAUCUGCCUGACGACGUCCGCUUACGUCCGACCUGGGAGCAGCUCAGCGCUGAAGGCCUCGUCAGCGAGCUCGGGGUCAAGUGGGAUCCACCGUCGGACUGCUUUCAGUUGACGCCUCCACCACUCCAGCCGCAGAGCACAAAGCGGACGAUGCUCGCGGCGCUCGCGGGUCUGUUCGACCCAUGCGGCUGGCUCGCGCCGAUCGUGUUGAAUGCCAAGCUCUUGCUCCAGGAUCUCUGGCGCGCCAGACUGGGCUGGGACGAGCCUGCGCCGAUCUCAAUGACUCGCCGAUGGGCGGAAUUUACCGCCGAGCUCCAGGCCAUCUCCACCUUCACCUUACCGCGCUGGAUCGGAGUUGGGCCUUCUUCCGAGCUUCACCUGCACGGCUUUUCGGACGCCAGUCGCCGCGCGAUGGCAGCCGUCAUCUACUCUCGCCUCGCGCCCGGGGCUGGGCCGGCGCUCUGCCACAUUCUUCUGGCUCGGACGAAGCUCUCGCCGAUUCGCUCGCUCAAGCCGGCGCCAGAGACAUCCGCGCGCAUGACGAUUCCGCGCCUCGAGCUCCGCGCCGCACUGAUUGCCGCCAAGCUCCUGCGGACCGCUGCCGACGAGCUACGCGUACCUGUCGACCGCUGUCACGCAUGGUGCGACUCACAGAUCGUUCUGCACUGGCUGCGUUCCGACAGGCCAACCAACAACGUGCUGAUCGACAACUAUGUCGCCCAAAUCCAGGAAAUGCUGCCUUCGAGUGUCUGGCGAUACGUGCCGACCCAGUCAAAUCCAGCCGACCUCGCGACCAGAGGUGCCGACAUGACCGGCCUUCGCUCGCAGCGCACUUGGUGGGAGGGCCCCGCUUGGCUCGCCGAGGACGUCGACUCGUGGCCCCUAGACCCGCUCCCCGCACCGAACCAGCAUUCAUCCAUCUGCUGCGUAGUGCAGCAGCUCGACGCCAGCUACCUCGAGCAAUUCUCCAACUUACGCAUGCUACUAAGCUUCCUCGUACGCAUUCGUCGAUUUGUCCGGAGCCGCUUGGGCAGGGUCCCCGUGCUUUCGGUCGCUUCACCUCUUACGCCCACCGAGCUCCACGACGCUUUUCUCGCAUGUGUACGCCUCAGCCAGGAGAGAUCAUUUUUGGACGACCUCCAGUGUCUUCAACGGGGCGAACGUCUGCGGAAGACAAACCCCUUGGUACCGUUAGCAGCCUUCCUCGAUGACGACGGGAUUCUGCGCGUCGGCGGGUGGCUAGAGCAUUCACCGUUGACCUACAAGGAGCGGCACCCGCUAAUUCUCAGCGGCGCCUCUUCCCUCGCUUCCAUGGUCAUCGCCUGGGCGCACUCUCGGGCGCUGCACGGUGGAUACCGUGUCACCAGUGCCUACGUCUGUAAGCGCGCUUGGCUCCUCGGUGGGCCCCGGCGGAUCAAGGCUCACCUCCGCAAGUGCGUCGUCUGCAUCCGGCUGCGAGCGCGACCGGCGACUCAACUCAUGGCCCCACUGCCAUCGUCUCGAGUCUCCCCUUCUCGUGCCUUUGCCUGCACCGGAGAAGACUACGCCAGCCCUUUCCAUGUACUCUCCACCAGAGGACGAGGAGUCCGGACCACGAAAGGCUACAUCGCCGUUUUUGUGUGCCUCGCCACCAAGGCCCUGCACCUGGAGCUGGUCGGCGAUAUCUCGGCAGCGUCAUUCUUGGGCGACCUCCACCGAUUCGCUGGACGCCGCGGUCGGCCCGGUGAGAUAUGGAGCGACAACGCGACUUGCUUCCGCCGCGCUGAUGUUGAGCUGCGCGAUACCUUGCUGACAGCUGAGCUGGACUGGGGAUUGGUCGCGGGCUCUCUCACCAAUCAAGGAAUUGCUUGGAAGUUCAUUCCACCGGGUGCUCCUCACUUCGGUGGCUUGUGGGAGGCCGCCGUCAAGUGA